CUGUGGCUGCUUUCUGUGGCAUCGAGUUAAUGUUUUACUAGGCAAUAGUCGCCUCUUUUAUUUUCUUUGUUCCACGGGUGCAUCUAUAACAGAAAAUCUACCUAGCUUCAGCAUAGAACAUAACAAUGAAUAAUCAAUGUCGUCCCCAUCCUCGCGCUGGUUCCAUCAAGGAACAGAGCCUGGCACAAUCAUCUCUCUCGAUCAACCUGUCCCUUCGCGGUGGAAAAUCCUCGAGAAGCUCAGUGAGCGUAGCUUCCAGGCGAGUGAAGAAAUGCGUCGUCGCCAUGGCCACCACUCUUUAGCUACGGCUAAAUUCCUCUGUUGCGAUCCCAAGAAACCCUCCAGAAAAGCCUUCAUGCGAGUUUAUCUUCAGAUUCCUUCGGAAAACACUGAGAUGCAAGAUCCGAAGACGAGAUCCCGCCAGGCCACAACAUACACGCCUCGAGAGUUAAUUGCCUACAAGACUUUUACUGAGAAUGAUUUCAGCAAUGUACCAAAGCUUCUAGGAUAUAAGAUUAGCACUCAGGAUAAGUCAGGGUUGGUCCCAAAUGGGUUUGUGAUUUUGCUGGCGUGGGAAAUAGUCCCAGGUCUACGCCUCGGUGACAACCUUGGGAAUGAUCUAUACUGGACUCUACCCGCUGCUGAGAGGGAACAUGUCCGUAUAGCCUUUAUGAAAGCUCUUCCUCAGGCGAUCGAGAAAGGGUAUGAUCCUUAUGCGCCGGGUCUCUCUAGCCUAGUCUGGGACAGUAAAACAGGCACCCUUUACUUUAUCGGUUACUAUUACGGCAUUAGCGACGAACCUAAAGAUCGGAGCAACAUCAAGAUCGGUCCUGAGGUCUUACCGCGCUAUGGCCUCGCGAAACCCUCUUCGGAUGAAUGGCGUAAUGAGAAUUGGAACGGGGAUACCACAGGAUGGGAAAUGUAGCUCAAUAUAAAGAGGGCUUCCAUCUAGCACAUCCCUUUCUAGCGUCAUCAUUGCUCUUAAUAAAGGCACUUCUUGAAUCUCAUGUGAAUAUGGUUGGCCAGUACCGGUAGCGACUAUUGCAUAGAGCACAAUACCUUUCUCCAACUGCUGGCAACGCUAUCGAUAAUACUUAGGGCUGCGGAUUUGCUUCUUCUUUGAAGCAGGAUAGUUCAACAUAGACAUGCCUCAGGAAAUAACAGAUUCGGAUGAAGAACGUGGG